AUGACCUUUGCCCAGAGCUCUUCUAUUCCUGAAAGCAGCUGGCACAUUGCAACACAUGGUUCCGGCGAUGUUCCCGACUUCCAAUCUGAUUCAACCCAAACGCUGUUUGCAGUCGCUGUUACCGUCGCUGUCUUAUAUGAUCACGGCUUGACCUUCGGUCGCGAAAUAGAUUAUAUAUGGCGGAGAUCGCCUUCGUUAGUGACCGCCUUAUAUCUAUUGGACCGCUACUUGGGCGACGCCGUUGUGAUCAUUGGUGCAUAUCGCAUCAUGCAACUCCGAAUAUAUGCUAUGUACCAGCGGACUAGGCGGAUACUCGUGAUAUUGGUCUUGGCUUUUUUCAGCGAGGUCCUUGCUGUCGUUGUAAUCAUCUGGAGAACCAUUGGUCCUCCAAGCGAUUUUUCACCAAUGAGCCUUAUCCUGGGAAGCAUUUGUGCUCCUUCUCCAGGGAUCAGCACAAACUUCAUUUAUUUGUUCAUACCCGUCUUUUGCUUCGAAACCUUACUCUUCUCCUUGGCCAUCAGAGUUUCUCUCAAUAAUACGAGAGAAAAGAGGGCCACCCCUGGCACCUCCAGCUUGCGCGUAAAUUCAUUCAUGAGCAUACUCGUGCGAGACAGCAUUUUGUAUUUCUUCAUAAACCUGGCGAUGUGCGCUAUCGUCAUGGGCCUGUGGCGGAAUCUCGCUGAAUUGCACGCAAAUAUAUCUAUCCCGUUCAUCAUGCUUCUCGAGACCGUAAUUGGCACCCGCAUGGUAAUUAACUUCAAGGAACACUGUUCUCGCCGACUGAGCUCGGAACCGGUCAUGAUCACUGGGUCAAUACGCUUCGCAGGAGCCAGUGAUGAGACUGCACGCCUCGAUACGAUCCAUGACCAGUCGAACGAAGGUGACGAGGAGAUGCGGCCCAUCAAGAGCGAUGAAGAGAGCGCUGAGGUCAUCACUUAUGAGUUAUAA